CUUUGCUUAAUUUGAGACACAUCUAAAGCUAAAAAAGUUGGGUUCAAUGAAACAUGAGCACUCGUGGGCAAAAGGCUUCCAAGCUCCCUCCUCUCUCUCUGGGAUCUCUCAACCAUGUCUCAUUCUUGUGUGCAUCCAUCAAAAACUCGGUCAAGUUCUACCAGGAAGUGCUUGGGUUCGAUCUCGUGCAACGACCGUCAUCCUUGGACUUCGAAGGAGCAUGGCUCUCUAAGUAUGGGAUUGGCAUACAUUUACUGCAACGAGGUCCAAAUUCUGACGCCCCAGCAAAGCCAUCUGCAAUCAAUCCAAAAGAUAACCACAUCUCCUUCCAGUACCAAGACAUGGGAACGAUAAGGAAGAAGCUUGAAGACAUGGGAAUAGAGUUCGUGAAUGGAGUGGUUAAGGAUGGAAAUAUCGAGGUCCAUCAAGUCUUUUUCCAUGAUCCAGAUGGCAAUAUGAUUGAGAUUUGUGAUUGCCAGAAGCUCCCUGUUCUGCCUCUAUCUUCUUCUUGUCUCUCCAAGCAAUGGCAUAGCUCCUUUGAAGGUAAGUAAAAUCUUCAAAGUUGACGUACGUUUGAAGACUUCAGCUUCAGCUAGAUGGUGGUCACAUACGUACGUGUUAAAUCUCAGCAGGGAAGUGAUAAUGAAUGUUGAAGACAUUUGGAAGACAGAAUUGUUUGCUGCACAAAUUGUUUGCAAGAACAUGUAUUUGUUUUAGGACUGUUGGAUUGGUUCAUAAGGAAAAAUAUGCAAAAAAAAGAUCAAUAUCAUGAACUGUAAGUUAAUAAGAAUGGUACACAAUUGAAUAUUUGUUCU